ACAAUGAAAUGAAUGGAGAGAGAACCGAAAUAAGAUUUUUAUUUCCUGUAUUUAAAUUAGAUCAAUAAUGUUAAGUGAUAUAAGUUAAUUUCGUUGACAUGAAUAAUAACAGCAGUAUAGCAGUUAUUAAUUUUUAGUUCUUUCUGGUUAAUAUCGUAAUAUAAGUGUUCAAUAAAUCAAAAUGCCUAUAAGAAAAUAUCGACGUGACACUACUGAAGUCAGCUGUUGUUUAAAAUACGUGAUUUUUGGUGUAAAUGUUCUUUUCUGGUUUCUUGGGCUGGUUAUAUUGGCAGUAGGAAUAUGGGCUUGGACAGAGAAAGAUACAUUCAACAAUCUUUCCAGACUUACCAAUAUUGCCCUAGAUCCAGCCUUUGUGUUAAUUUGUGUUGGUACAAUAACAUUUAUAAUUGGAUUCACUGGCUGCGUCGGCGCAUUGCGUGAGAACACUUGUUUAUUAGCAUGUUAUGCAGUCUUCCUUGCGUUACUGCUCUUAGCGGAAAUGACAGCCGGUGUCCUGUUUUUUGUAUUCAAGGACUGGAUAAAGCAACAAGGGACUACUGGUUUUCAAACAUUCAUAACACACUACAGAGAAGACCCGGAUCAACAAAAUUUAAUUGAUUGGAUACAGGAAGAUUGGCUCCAAUGCUGUGGUGUGGAAGGUCCACGUGACUGGGAUAGGAACGCCUACUUCAACUGUUCAAGCGGCGCGGUUGGCUCAAGAGAAGCUUGUGGCGUGCCCUUCAGCUGUUGCCGAAACAAACCGCAGGAUAUUAUCCGGAAUAAGCAGUGCGGCUACGACGUCAGAAAACCGACUUAUCAAGUAAGUGAGCACGUGAUACACGAGCGUGGUUGCCUGGUCGCCGGUGAGGACUGGCUCCAGAGACACAUAGUUACUGUACUGGCCGCGGUACUGACGCCUCUAACUCUACAGAACUUUGAUAUAGGUAAGAUUAUAUAUGACAAGGGCUGCUUAGAAGCCGCCGAGGAUUGGUUCGAUCGGAAUCUAUUACUUGUUGCCACAACUGCUGUUUGUACUGCUUUUGCACAUAUUUUGGGCAUCUGUUUCGCGCAAAACCUCCGCGCUGAUAUUUUCGCGCAGAAAUCAAAAUGGCACUGACAAUCAGCCUCUCCUGCCGCGGUGUGACGUCACACGAGCCACACCCGCGACCUCUACAUGCCGCUGUAUACGUCCCGCUCUUGUUGACAAUAAUGUUACUAGAUACAACUAGAUGGCGCUUAUUACAAUAAUGGAGUACGUGUGUCCGAUACAAUUGUGUUCUAAAACUAGGGAUUUGCUUUCUCGGUAUCUAUUGAAUUUUUUUUUAAUGUUCUAUGUACAUUUCUAUUGUCUCUUUAGAGCUACCAUAACAUUAGUGUGAAAGUUUUGUAAUUGUAAAUGACCAGAAACACAAGAACUGAAGCUAACUAAAAUAAUUAUAAGACAAAAUCCCUUGAAUUUCAUAUUUGAAAUAAUAUUUUAAUUAUUUGAUUUAUUUUUUAAUUAUCUCCACUUCAAUCUAGCUGAUUAAAAUAAUAACUGUAGCCUUUGCAGUCUCCCCAAAAUAUCUCCCAUUCCCCACUUGGAAAAUUCUUUACUUCCCUAAGAUAAGAUCGUUGUUAAACUUGUUGUUAGAAUUUAUCCAAGGUGCUACAUACAUCGUCGACUUGAAGGAAUAACUGUUUCAUAUAUUGACAAGAUUCUGUUUAACAAAAGAAUUCAGGAACGCCUUACUAAUUUAAUAAUAAUGUAUUGAUAUAAUUUUAUUAUCAUUUCAAGAUAUUACUUUUAGCUGAGUACAACUAUAUCUAAAUAUCUAUAAAUUACGUGACACGUUGUUUGUCCGUGGUGGAGUCCAAACCUAAUGUACGGAUUUUAAUGGGGAUUACCUCAUGGAGUGCAGUUUAGUCCAACUUGAGAGAUAGUAUAGUUUUUAUUUCGAUUUGGGACCCAUAAUUAUUUUUAUUUCCAACAUUUGUUUUGUAUGGACAUAUUUUCUGUGAGAGUAUUUUUAUUGACGCACGGUUUGACAGUUCUGCUGUGAAACAAUUUCAUUAUAACAACAAGGAGCAUAUUUUACGAAAUAAUUCUUGAUGCUAUAAAGAAUUAUUGACAGAUUCAUAAAAAACAGUAUUUUAUUUAUUAUGUACAGGACAACGUCUGUCUGGUUAGCUAGUAUAAUAUAUAUUUAAUCCUUCACAAGUGUUUAUUUUUAAUAACUUAUAACCUACACCUAACUUUAGAACACAGGCGUGUAUGCCUGUGUUCUAAAGCUACACUUUCCAUUUCUGGUAAACAAACUUCCAGAUAUACAAUUAAAUUUUUUCCAAUAGGUACCUCACUAUCAAUAAAUCGUUUUAUGGAUUUGAUAAUUGAAAUUUUCUUUCAAGUCGAAGUUGUUUGUGUGAAAAUGAGUGUCCAUAUUACGAACAAGCCUUAACGGGAGCUGUGAGAUUAAUUAAGAGAGAUAAUAUAUAUACAAUAUAUGUUGUAAGAAUGUAUAAUUGUUGAAAUUAUUUGUAUCUGAUCUAUAUUGAUAACAUUAUUGUCCUUUCAGUUAUUCAAAGUAUUAUUGACAUUCGGUUUUAGAGUUAGAUAUGUAUUACAGUUAGAUUUAUAAUUAGUCUCCCCUGCGCUCCAACUAGAUACCGCACUUUUUUGAUAAGGCAACUAUAAGAUGCUUGUGUGCGUGGCAUUUUGACAUUGAGUGUCAAUUGAGUGGCAUUUUUAAAAUUUUGUAACAUUCACUUCGUGUUAUUUUACUUUAAAAUUAAUCUAUAUAUAUAAAUGCUAAUAAGCUAAAACUCGAGAACGGCUGGACCGAUUUGGCUAAUAUUGGUCUUGAAUUAUUUGUGGAAGUCCAGGGAAGGUUUACUAUGAGUGUGUUCGGAAUUAAAUAAAAAAAACAAUUUUGUUUUUCCCUUGAUGUGUCCCCCGUCGUCCGAUAUUUGUUUUGUAUGGACAUAUUUUCUAUGAGAGAAUUUAUUGACGCACGGUUUGACAGUUCUGCUGUAAACCAAUUUCAUUACAACAACAGGGAGCAUAUUUUACGAAAUAAUUCUUGAUGUUAUGAAAUAUUACUGACAAAUUUAAAAAAAACAUUAUUUUAUUUACUAUAUACAAAACAACGUCUGUCGGGUCAACUAGUAAAAUAUAAAAUACUUACAGAUGAUAUGUAGUAAGUGUUAUUUUUACAAAAUUUCCUACGCAAUCCGGCAUUUUAGUUUUAAUUAUAAGCAAUAUAUACAACACAUGUUGCACGUAAAUGUUCCACACAUUGUUCAAGACUGGCUCGAGUAUGACCACUUGGGCGUAGUAUUUGUUGCCGCACUUUGUGACUGCGCCUGCGGUAUCUAAUUGGAGCGCAGCGGAGACCAAACCCUUAAUCUAAGGUAUUUCUGUUGAAAUCUAUUGUAUCCCAUUUAGGGGUUAUAAUUAUUUGAAGUAUCCAUUUGUUAUCCAUUUUCGAGUUAAGAACAUCUUUGAACGUUGAACAUUUGACAAUAAAGAAUUAUUAUAAUAAAAUUUCUCGGUCCAGUUUUAAAUUUAGUACAUUCUUAUUACUAUACAGAGGUCACUGUAAAAAGUCACUUUAAGCUAUAUUUAUAUUUGACGUAUAUGUAUAUAUAUAUUUAUUUUAUCUAGCUAAAAAUAUGGAAUACACAGUACACAUAGAUACUCAAGUUUGAAUUAAAACAGACUGCUGUGAAAACCCUUGUAGAAUCUCAAGAGAAAUUGAUAAUCCACCAAUAAAUUUCGCCCCAGGUUAUUGUGAUUAAACAUUUCAAUAUGUUUGUAGAGUACAUAUGGCUAAUUUAUUGAAGUAGGCGUUACUUUGCGGAAAUCCAUAAUUUAUACAAAUGAUUUGAGUUUUCUUUAGUGUAAAUUCCGCCAAUAUUUGUCUUUAAACAAUUCGACACGUGUUUCGCCUCUACACGAGGCAUCUUCAGGACGUGUUGUCUCGCCAAAAUCUGGCACGAGACUUUGAGUCUCGCCAAAAUCUGGCACGAGACUUUGAGUCUCGCCCAAAUCUGGCACGAGACUUUGAGUCUCGCCAAAAUCUGGCACGAGACUUUGAGUCUCGCCAAAAUCUGGCACGAGACUUUGAGUCUCGCCAAAAUCUGGCACGAGACUUUGAGUCUCGCCAAAAUCUGGCACGAGACUGAAUCUCGCCCAAAUCUGGCACGAGACUGAGUCAAUACAACACACAGACAACACGUCCUGAACAUGCCUCGUGUAGAGGCGAAACACGUGUCGAAUUGUUUAAAGACAAAUAUUGGCGGAAUUAACACUCAAGAAAACUCAAAUCAUUUGUAUUACAAAGGGUUACUUUAAAAUGAUAAAUGUUGAUUUAUUUUUAUCAACUUAUUUUAACUUUAAAUAACCCGGAGUUUUCUAUUCAAGGUGAAUGUUAUCAUCGAUGGCAUUGACUAUUUGACGUUUGAGUAUUUUUGUUGCAUCUUUUUAGAUAUAUUGUAAUGAAAAUGAUUUGUAAAACGAUGUAAAUAAUAAUUUAAAAGAGUGGCAAUGAGUUUCUUGUCACUUCUUCUCAUUAGCUCAACCCUUUACGAAGUGGCGGUAAAUUCUAAAAUUUUUUUUUGACAUUCAUAAGUAUCAUUUUCAUGAUCUACAUGAAUGCAGUGAUUUUGAUUGGAUUUGAUUUGAUGUAUCUGUAUAGUGAAAAGAAUGAUCUGAUAAUAAUUUUUAUCAUGGGUGUAUUAUGUACUGCGUACUAGAGAAUACGUCACACCUUGAUUGUUUGUAACAUGAGUUGUGGUCAGCUGUCGUGAACUCACCCAGUCUAUUUAUUGAAUUAGGCGUUACUUUGCGGAAAUCCAUAAUUAUACAAAUUAUUUAAGUUUUCUUUAGUGUUAAUUCCGCCAAUAUUUGUCUUCAAAACAAUUCGACACGUGUUUCGCCUCUACACGAGGCAUCCUCAGGACGUGUUGUCUCGCCAAAAUCUGGCACGAGACUCACAUAAUUUUUAUAAAAGUAAAUGUUCCCUGUUUUGGUAAUUUGAGACAGAAUACUCAGAUCUUUUUUAUAUGUGCCAAAAAUACUGUGGUACACUAUCUGGGAGGCCACCUCUUCUGUCAUAAGGCCCUGCAUGGCCCAUGUCCUCUGCAUGCACAUUUUAUACAACAUCCAACCGCCAGAGCCAGUGGUGUUGAAGAACUUAAGGAAUUCUAUUUUGUCCUCCUCCCUUUUAAUACCUUCGACCGUUACUGCCAAAAAGUUUAUAGGAAAACACAUCCUUGAUGCCUGUCUUGAGGUCGUAAUUAGUAGUAUCUCUGCUAUGAGACUUAUCAUAGUCGACAACUCGAAGGACACCUUGACGUUCUUGGUAAUCUCUAUGAUAUCAUCAAUCGAUGGGAUGUGCGACAUAGCUCGUUUCACGGCGGCUGAAAACUUGUUUCUAUAAAUUCCUUCUGUCCUGAUCAUGCAUAGGAAAGCUGUCAUAGGACCUAAGCUUUGCACAAUCGACGACCGCCUCUCCGGUGGGAAACUACUCCCUUCUAAUAGGAUGUGAUGGGCCCCUGUCAACCCGUACUUUGAGACCUGAAAGGAAGUAUGUGUGCCGUCCUUUUUCGUGAUCGGCAUUGUCCCAUGUCCCAAGCGUAAUUCAUCCAUGCGUAGUUUGAAUGCAGCAAACAUGUCCAGAUACGGUCCCAUGGUCCCAUACCAAUUUUCCUCGUCCAUGGAAUAGUUUUUAUAAUCCAACCUUUCUCUUUUUGUCUCAGUCAGCCAAAUAUUGUCUAUCUCAGACCUCGGGAUGGAAUAGUCGUUACCCAUAAAGUGUAUAUUGUAGUCGGUUGCUGGAGCAACUAGCUGGAGCUUUUUGCUGCAUGUUAGUGCUAGUUCCUCUUAUCCUCUGUCUAUUUAUGUUGUGAGCGGUGAAUAUGAUGCUUGUUACUUGAGAGGCCAAAAUAACUUCUGAUUUCAAUUCAGCAACUUUAGUUCUCCUAAUCCCUGCGUCUUCACCUUUCUUGAUUGGGUACAUCAGCCCUGCCAACACUUCUAUUAUUUUGCUAUAUGCUGAUGUCAAGGCCUUCAAACAUCUCACCUUUUUAUCCGUAUCCAAAACCAUCCUAGGUCUUUUGGGGUCUUGGAUCUCUUGCUUCGUAUCGGGGUCUAUGAUUGUGUCAUUCCUCUUUCUUUUAAUAGAUGAGGUGCCUGCCCCGGUGUCUAUUUCCAUGGACAUGUUGUAGAUUUUCUUCUUUGGCAAUACAGUAUUCAAAUAAUAGAAGGAUCUGUUGAUACUAAAAACAUAUCUGAUAUGCCAGAUAAAUCUUUUUUUCAAAAAGAUUUUGGCGAGACAACACGUCCUGAGGAUGCCUCGUGUAGAGGCCAAACACGUGUCGAAUUGUUUUUAAGACAAAUAUUGGCGGAAUUAACACUAAAGAAAACUUAAAUAAUUUGUAUCACCCAGUCUAUGCUAAGCGUUGGUGGCAUUAACUAAUAAUUUACAAAAACACCAGUAAAUAGUCAAACGCAUACUAAAUUGUCAUCGUGGAGAACUGGCUUGUCUAAAUAUACCUAAACAUUAAACCUGUAUAAAUACCACUGGAGCGGCUGUUCCAUGUGUUUGACAGCAAAUAUUUUGUGCCUAUUUGAAGCGCCACUCGCGAGCGUCCAGAGAACUAAUUUUGACGUAUAACACAAAUGUCUGCGAGAGAAACGUACAAUACUCUGAAGAUUUUUGCAUUGUGGAUUAAUUUCGGUCGUUUUCCACGUUAUUUAUACUUCAGGAACCACAUAAUAAAGUGCACCUUUUUUGUAAAUAGCUUUCCUAUUGAUGUUUGAUUAGCUGCGGUUGUCAUCACAAGUUUUAGUACCGCAGACUCUCGCUAUGGCCAACAGCGCCAAAAUGGCGAAUAUCAAACAGGCACAAAAGCACUUUGACAGCCGCCAGUCCAGUGGUAAAUAGUACAGGUCAGUGACAUUAAAUUAAUGUAACUGUCAAUUUGCUUGGCCCACUAUCAUAAGGUAGCGCCCUAUAAUUUUUUCGGAAUAGCUUCUCUAGUCUGUAGUACAUACGACCUCAAUGGUUGUUAUAUUAAAGUUAGUUAGCAUUAUUGUAUCAUCUUGUUCACUGAUAAACGUAUAUCAUACGUAUGUUGUAUCCUGAUUGUUCCUUGUGUAAUGUUAUAUUAAUAAGAGUGCGGGACUUCGCGGUAUUUGGUCGUAAGCGACAGGAGAAUAAUGGAAUGAUGAAGCACCUAGUAUGUAAUGACUUAGCAAGUAUAACUUAGAAACUAGGAGUACUCGUUUAUGAAGAGAUUUUAAUUUAACUGUCGCGCGCAAUUUAUAGUAUUUAUACAAAAGCUUUAUAAUCUCAUUAUUUUACAUAUUUAACUGCAAGAUGUUAGUGUAAGAGUGUACUAAUAUUAUGAAACAGUAUAAUGCUGUAUGUAACUAUAUCGUAAUCUCAAAUGUAUGUAUGGUAGUGCUUUUUUAGUCUUAUAGUGUGUACGGACUUGCAAACUAUCAUAGCUUAAAUUUCCCACCUUUUUUCUGUUUCUUUCCUAUUACCUACCAGUGGCGUCGCUUCGAGAACAUUCUUCUACGUCUCGAAACUGUGAUGUCGGUCGAGCGCGUGCGUCCUCCCGUCCUCCGAAACAAAAAAAAAACGAAUUAAAAAAGCAAAUAAAAAACUUUGUUGACAAUUACAUCUGUCUGUGAGUGUGAUGAAAGUUUCAAGACAGCCAAAUCUCUGAAAUACAAGAUUAAACGACCGCGGUAGCAGGACCUGGUAUCCAGGGCGUCAAGUUAUGGGACAUGAAGGGAAAGUACCUUAAAUAUCGUAGAUAGGGUAUUUUACUGAAAGAAAACUUUAUGUUAUUUUUAAAAGUUAGAAAUUCUGCAUUCAAAGAUUUUCUAAAACGCCUCGUCUGGGGCUCGAACCGACUUAAAUGUAAAAAUAAAAACCCCUACUUUUAUGAUGCCAAUCGAAAGAAUAGCCAAAAACUAAUAACGCUUCUUAAGUAACAUAGUAUUUUAAAAGAAAGGAGCAACGUAAAAUGUUUGAGUCAAAUUUCAAGAAAGUUAUUUAUUGCCGACAACAACGUCCGAAAAGUAGAGAUAUUAUCAUUCCAUAAAUAGCAUUGAUUAUUCGUAAAUAAGUACCCAUUUCAUAAUUAAAAUACUUUAUAGCAUCGUUUUUUUUAGUUAAAAAGCUAGAUUAGAGAACAUGGGCGAGUUACCAACAGAAUUGUGCCAUAUCAUAUCGAGUAUUCACCAUAAAAUGAUAAUAAAAUCAAAAGGCAGCGGACUCAUUAAAAGAUUUGCGAUUUGCGUAAAACAAGAGGGAUCACAUUUUGAGCAUUUAAUUAAUUAAUUUACAAAACAAUACCCACUUAAUUGACUACUUUCUCAUAUGUGGUGUUUUUUUUUACAUUUAAGUCGGUUCAAUUCCCAGACGAGGCAAGUAGUUUUUAGAAAAUCUUUGAAUGCAGAAUUACUAACUUUUAAUAAAAACAUAAAGUUUUCUUUCAGUAAAAUACCCUAUCUACGAUAUUUAAGGUACUUUCCCUUCAUGCCCCAUAACUUUGGGACACCCUGUAUACCAACUUUCAUUUUCCUUCUCAUUCCACUUGUUUGCAGGUAAAGAGUUCUCAGCCUUUCCUUUUCGAGUAGUUUUAGCAGAGGCUUGAAUUUUGUUUUCAAUAAAAAUUCAAUUUAUCCUUGCGAAAGCGUGGUCAUAGUAGCUGGUCCGAAGGUUCUUUAAAUAUUUUCUGUUAAGCGCAUAUAGUUCGCACAAAAGUUUUAUCCAUUUUUGUAUUACAGUUUUAAAGCUAAAGAAUCACCACGAUAUAAAUUAUAUGAAUGUUUUUUACCUCGUUCGACAAUAAUAAAUAUCAAUGAAGUAACGUCUCCAUUACGUCGUUAUUAAUUAGGCAGAAUUAUACAGAAUAUAAAAAUGCACACAAAAUUACUACUCUUAGCUAUUUAGAAAAAUUCUACUCGUAAAUGCUAACCCACAAAAUAUUAAUAUCACAUACAACACCUAUACAAAACAAAUAAUUCGUUAUUUUAUAAAGUGAUAACCCUCACUUCUGGGAUUAAUUACACAAAUUAAAUUAGAAAACAAAAUUUAUGAACUCUCACUCGAACGGUUGGCUCAGUGGAAGAGCGCUCGCAAGGAGAGGUCGCGGGUUCGAGUCCCGCAUCGUUCAUAAAUUUUGUUUUCAAAUUUAAUUUGUGUAACAAAACAAAAACUUAUUUACCUUUUUUUUAUAAAUCGGAUAAUCUUUAUCAAGUAAACCCUGAGUUAGUCGGUUGACAAAUGGCUUUGAUGAGCUAUUUUUUUUUAUUACAAGAAAUACUAUAAAGAAAUUAUAAAUGAAAUAGGUGACUCGCAAAAAUUAUUGAUCUCUAUAUAUUAGAUAAUUUAUACGUCUAGCCUCUUGCUAACUGCUGAAAACAGGCCAAGUUUAUUACUUUAGUGUGCGUGACAAGCUACGUCUUACACGUGCGAUUUGUAUGGCAGUUUGUGUUAGUGUGCGUGCAUUGCUCGAGGUAGAGGUUAACAGUCAACCUCAAUUUUUUUCUACGUUUUCACAGCUGUCACAGUCUAUCUUGACGUAUAAAUGAUCUUAGCUUUAUAUAUAGUAUAGGCUAUUAGAACCACUGCCCUUGCAAUAUUAAAUUGGUGGUCUUAACUAAUUAGAAUUGAUUAAAGACAAUUUGACAAUAAAAUAAAUAACAUGAGUAACAACAGGUUUUAAAAUGUUGAUUAUGUAAUUAUUAGUUGUGACUGUUUGUACAAAUUUUCAUCGUGAUAUUACAUACCGGGAUAUACAAACAGACAAAAUAUAUGACCAACACUAUCGAGUUUAUGUUUCAAUUGAAGCCUGUAUGUUCAAUGUUGGCUUUUGAUUUUAUGACUGAUGCUUUAACUGUUAAUUUUACAAAUAAAUGAAAUUCUAGCUUUAUAUAUACAUUUAGUACUUACGAUGUUAGCUUCGUUGUGUGGUCCCAUUAUUUGUAGGAUCUAGUGGGGGUCCGUGUAAUAAGAGCAUUUAUUAGAACUAUUAGCAAAAUAAAUCAUCUACGACUGUCUCAUUAGACUUGAUAAAUCAGUAUUUUUCUGUGAUCACAAGUUUGUUAUGGGAUGCCUAUUGUUAGUUAGUUGUUGGGAUAUUCUCUGAGUUCGAAAAGGCACAUUAGAAUACUAAAGCGCUUAUUACACUUAACUGAAUUUAGUCGUCUUAAUUCAGUCAUUACUUUAUUUAGACAGAAUUAGAAGUAUAAUCGCAUUCAGCAAGCUAGCAUCCUAAAUUCAGAAAUUAGGAUGGUUUCUGACUGACUGAAACGCAUUUAGGAAGGUGUAAUCGUAGUUAGUUACAGAUUUCCGUCACUCGUGGCUCUUCGUGCGUGAAGAACGUAUCUAAUUUUAGUUUUGUGCUACCGAAUAAUAGUAAUAGCCCAAGAAGAUUUUUAUGAUAGUUUUUGUCAGCAGGGGUUGGGAUAUAAGAACUGAAUUUUAUAUCUUGAUAUGAAUUUCCUAUUGCAAUAAACCUUAGUGUUAGGACUUCAUUACUGUCUCGUAGUAUAGUAUCUUGAUGUUGAAUAAACGGUGUCACAAGGUUUUAUAAUAUGUCAAACGAUCUCGAAUUCAUUCGUAGUUAACUGAUUCAGUAAUCACUAACUUAAUUUAGGACAGUGUGCUCAGUAGCUUCUAUGCUUCUGAAUUUAGACGACUAAGUUCAGUAAAGUGUAGGUAAUAAGCGCUUUAGAUUUUAAAAAUUAAAUUCCGCUGAUUGGUCACAUCGCUGACUUACCCCAAACUCUAUUGAUCAAAACAAUAAAAAUGUCAAAGUUUUAUAGGUUACAAAAUGUCAUAAAAAAUGUUAACUAUUUCAACUCCAAAUCAACAACAUUCAGAAACAAUACUAACCAGGAUAGAAUUUAUUUUCUUUUAUUCAAUAAAUUUUAUCAAUCUUCCGUUCACUUAAUAAUUUGAUGCCCGACGACCGAUGUUUAAGAAGGCGACAUUUCAGACUGACAAGCAAAAAGACGAAAAAGACAAUGGCACAGAUAAUCCCAAUAUUACACUGUCCCCCACAGAUAAAAACUAUGGGCUUUGGCAUUUUCUUAUUAAACACCUAUUAAAUUAAUCAAAUGGCCAAUCGAUAUUUUUAGUAUUAUCUAGUAAAAAUCAACAUUUGUAUCUAUAUCUAGUAUUAUACGACAUUCACAUUUUUAAAUUUUAUUAAUAAUCAAUACUUGUAAGAGACUUAUGCAUGGAAUAAUUUGAGUACUAAUUUUUAAGUUAACUACAGACUCAAAAUGUCCAAUACACUAAGUUUAAAUUCUAAUAAUCAUAGUAUUAUUGCAAAUAAGGCGUUAUAUUUCUAUAAGCUAUUAUUUUAUUGUAUGCAAUGCUCUUAUAUUUUCCACUUAUAAGAAUAACUCAUCAGUAUUUUUGAUCUGAUUUUGAAUUGUAUUACAAGAAUCCAAAAUGAUUACAAAGUACAUCACAAAGUUGUAUUGUAUUGUAAGAGAGGUAGUGAAUUAGGAUGAUGAUAUUUUAUAUGUAAUAAUUAUGAAAUUAAUAUUUUUAUGAAAUAAAGCUGUAGAAUUUUA